AUAUUACAGCAACCAAGAGUUGAGUCACACUGGAGGUUUGGCAACUCUGACCCACCAUGCAGGGAUUGCUUGUCAGAGAAACUAUAAACAUCGAGGUAUCUAUCAAAUCUAAACUGAAACCGAUAAAUCUGGAGCUUUCAGCAAGCAAAACAUUGUUUUCAAUUUGAAAUAAAGAAGUAGUGGACGACGCCAAAAUGGCUCCUGUUGUUAUUGUUUUUGAUUUGUCAUCUGUAAGAAGCCUUUGGGAAGGAAGAAUAAUAAAGCAUAAAGAUCGACAGAGAAGAGAGAGAGAAAGACAGGAGAAAAGUGCAUUAACAAAGAUUAAUGAGGAGUGGACACUGAGACUUGAACGUAGAAGAAGAGCUAUCAACAACUAUAUUCAGCGGAGAAAAGAUCAGUUGAAUGUUAAGGUGCAUGUUCGAAUGAACCAUUUAACUAAUGCUGAAAAGGACACUCAGCUCAUUGAAUGCGGAAACCUAAUUUUACCAGAAUGGAGAAAGGAUGUCAUAAUUGAGGAGAAAAAAUUUAUUUUUGAACUGCAAGGAAUGGAGUGGAAGGAACUUCCUGAAACUUUAAAGGAAAAGAGUUAUCUUAAAGAGUGGCAUAUUAAGAAAACAAGUAUAGAAAUCAUCCCAUCCUUUGUGGUCAUCUUCCAGGAUCUGAUUGUGAUGGAUUUAUCCCGGAAUUGUUUAAAGGAACUUCCAGCUGAAAUAGGCAAAAUGACCAAACUGAAAGAACUGAAUGUUAGCUUCAACAAGCUGACAUCCGUUCCACUGGAGCUCGGCUGCUGCGAGAACCUGGAGAAACUGAAUUUAUCAAGUAACCUGGAACUGACAGAGCUCCCAUUUGAGCUACGUGAUCUGCAAAAACUCAGCUGCUUAGAUCUGUCCUCAAACCAGUUUCUGAGCAUGCCUAUCUGUGUGCUUCGAAUGUCAAACCUCAAGAGUCUAGACAUUAGCAACAACAAACUGAAAGACCUGCCUCAGGAUCUAGACAGACUGAGUGAGCUAGAGUCCCUAUUCCUUCAGAAGAACAAGCUGACCUAUCUGUCCAAAGUCUUGUGCAGAUUGACUAAACUAAAGAUGCUGGUUGUCAGUGGUGAUGACAUAAAGAAGUUGCCAACUGCUCUGACGACCGACCCCAAUCUAAAGUAUAUUGAUCUGCGGGAAAAUCCACUUGACAGCAAAGAAGAUGAGAUACUCAGUGAACUCUUUGAAGAUGAUGAAGAUCGAGAAGAAUUUGAAAAAGACUUGAUGCAAAUGUACUUUAAGGAUUUGAAAGAGAGAGAAACAGUUCCUGCCUAUACUACAAGGGUAUCUUUAAGCCUACAGCUCUGACAAGAAGCAUUUCCAAAAUUCAUGAAAAUAUGAACUGGAUCUCAAGAGAACAAAAGAUGUGUGACUUGUGAAGAAUCUAUCCACUCCACUAGGAAAAUUACAUACAGCGAGCUAGCCAUGGAAUGCUAGAACUCAUUUGAGUCAGUUUUAGGGAGGUAGAGGACAGUCGGAGCAUCAUAUUGCUGUAGGUACAUUGCCUUUCAUUAUGGCACUGUUCAGUGGCUGACCAGAGGUGGUUUGUUGAUUGAAGUAAAAUGCUCAGAGAGUUACAUGACCAAAUGUUAAAGGUGAGCAAUAAUGUUAUAACCUGGAUGUCUGUAACGUGGAUGUAUUAUAGUUAUUUUAGUUAUAAUGGAAAGAUUGUUAAAAAAUAAAAAAUAAAUGUGUGUC